AUGCUUACCAAAGGAGCUAGGUUAGAAGAACGAGAGAAACAUUUGAAAUACUUGGCUGGAAAGGCACGAAUCGGUGGAGAUCGGGAAUUGGUCAAUACCGAAGGUAAACUGGAGGAAUCAGGGGACUGGCUGCUUUUAUAUUUCGGCUUCACGCAUUGCCCAGAUAUUUUCCCAGACGAGAUAGAGAAAAUGGUCAAGGUUUUGGGCGUUCUCCAAGCGAAACCAGGUAAGGAGAAAAACCCUAUAAAGCCUAUUUUUAUAUCUGUCAUCCAAAGCGCGAUACAAUUUAGAGAUAGAACAGGUGAACAAACUCGCGAAAACAUUUCGGAUCAUCACAGUCAAGGACCUCGUACUCGAAAAGACAAGCAUGAUUAUAUCGUCGAUCAAAGGUCAUCACAUAUCUUAUCGAUCCUGUUGGGCUCUUCCAUGAUUACUACGGUCAGACAAAUAACACAAAAAACAAUAAAAUAUUACGUGAAAUUCAUACAAUCUCACACCCAUCAUCCCCAUCCCAAAUCGAAGGAGAAUAACAAAAGAAAUUCAUCAUGUGUCCAAUGCACUCACAAUGUAUAG